AUGUCGCCGCGACGCUUGAAAAUUUCACAAGCGCUCGCAAGCUCUGAUCCGAAUGUUGUCUGCAUUCGGCCGACGACCAGAUAAAACGCGCACGCGCUAAUCAGCGGUGUGUGCAUAAUGGGCUUUGAUAAGAUGUGCGAACGAUUUACGGGUCGUUUAUGGGGGUCAAUUAUGGUGUUUGUCCCCUAAUGGGUGAUAAUGAUCGAUUACUACCGGUACUAGUGGCGUAAGAGCAGUUAAAGUUAUGCUCAAUUGGUUUGUUUGUUUUAUUUUAAUUGUUAACGACGAUUUUAGCGGUACUUCAAAAAUAAACAGUUACUUUUGUUUGUUGCGGUUGUGGGUAAUUUAAGUUAUAAUUACAAUUAACCUUAAUUAGAAGUCUCAUUUGAUUGCUCCCGCCCACUACAAAUGUUUUCACACUAUUUUUUUCAUCGGCGACUAUAACUUUACAGUACUGACACUUAAUUUAUUCAGAUCAAAUAGUUUCUUUCGUAUUCACGGAAUACGCUAAUAACAGCUAAAUACCUGCAACACAUUUUUCUUGAGUUUUUGUGCAUGACAGAAUGAUUAGGUCUAAGAAACGACCAGUCCCUGUGUCUGGCAAAUCUGUGAUAACUAAUUUCUUGGUCAGGAUUAAUAAUGAACCGUCGCUGUCAGAGAGUUCAAUAAGUGAACGUGAAAGUGUCCAGGACGUAGCAAGUGAUCAUGAGACUUCCCAACCACCAACAAAGCGGUCCAAGCAGCGUGCCAGUGGGUUCGAUAGUAGUUGGAAGCAAGAUUUUCCAUGGGUCACAGAAGUUGAAGGAGGUAUGAUGUGCUCUUUGUGCAUUCGUCACAUGUGCAGACCUGCGCGUUCAGCAAUCGGUAGUGCCCCGUGGGUAGAUGUGCCUUGCACUUGGAUAGCAAGGGACUCACUUAAUCGCCAUCAGAGGACAGAGACCCACUCCCAGGCCAAACUUCUGGAGGCAAACCGCCUGGCUCCAAGAAAUCUGGUGGGGCAGCUUGAAGAGAUGGGCUGUCUACAGAAAAGUGCUAGGAUCGCAGCAUUCAAGAAUUUGUACUGGUUGAUGAAGCAGGAAGUUCCUCACACAACAAACUACCUCCCUCUUAAUGAUCUUGUGAAGCUACAAGGCUGCUCCAUCCUGGCUAACAUGAACCAGGGUCAGAACAACAAAGGUGAAUCGCAGCGCUUUGUACAGGAAGCGGUUCUGGCCAUGGGCAACAUCAUUCGGCAGGACAUCCUGACCCAGGCCAUCGACUCCCCAUGGUACACCAUCAUGGUGGAUGAGACAACAGAUAUAUCUGUUAUCAGUGAGAUGACAGUAUAUAUAAGGUUCCUGAAAGAUGGCAGGAGCCAGACAAGAUUCCUGUCAAUACUGCCACUAAACGACUGCAAGGCAGAGACCAUCACUACAAGUCUCACAACACACCUUAGAGAGCUCCAUCUGCCACUCGAUCGUAUGUGUGCCUUCGGCAGCGAUGGUGCCCCUGUUAUGGUGGGUUCAAAAAAUGGUGUCGCUGCCCAGUUGAGGAAACUUGUACCGCACCUCAUAAACAACCAUUGUGUGGCUCACCGUCUCGCCCUGGCAGCCGGACAAGCAGCAAAUGGAUUGACAUACAUGCUCAAGUUUAAGGACAUCAUUGGAGACUUGUAUCGUUUCUACGCAAAGAGUGCUGUGCGAACGCGGGGAUUACACGAGAUUCAAGAGUUACUCCAGGAGCCAGAUCUCAAGCUUGUGGAGGCGAAGGAUGUGCGUUGGCUGUCGCAUGACAAGGCGACCACUACCCUGAGGAGGUGCCUUCCCUCUGUUUACAAAAGCUUGGAUCGUGAGGCCGAAGAAAGAAACGAUGCAAGGGCAGCUGGUCUCGCAAAAUUCUCUCAGAACUACCAGUUUGUGCUGACACUGCACAUGAUGUGUGACGUGCUUCCACAUCUUUCUGAUCUUUCCAAGGCAAUGCAGGCAAAAGAUGCAAUCUACACAUGCAUCAAGCCUCUAGUCCUUGGAACUCUGGCCAUUCUUCAGGGCCUCUUGAAUACCCCAGGAGAACACUUCCAGGCAGCCCCCGAUAGAGUGGCCCGUCUCCAUGCAGAUGGCUUUGGCAUCACUGUGCCCACUGAAGAGCAGGUCCAGCAUUUCACGGACAAGUUGUACCGGCCUUUUGUGCAGCAGCUGAUGUCCAACAUAGAAGAGCGAUUUCCAGACUUGCCAUUGCUGCAGCUCUUCGAGGCUUUCAACACCACAAAGUUCCCCACUGGAGAUAUGGGCAACCAUGGCGAACAGGACAUCAAGAAACUGGCUGACCACUUCAACCUUCCCGUUGACGCAACACUGCACAACUGGAGGCAGGUUCGAGGCAGCCUACAGGGCACAGAGAAGAAGGCUGAAGAGGCAAUGGAGUGGGUGACAAUCCAUUUGCGUAAUAGCCACGACCAGCUCUACAAGCUGGCAGCCGUUGGCCUGCUCCUCCCUACAUCUACAGCUGACUGCGAGAGGGGAUUCAGCACGAUGAAAAGGAUAAAGACGGAAAAUCGUUCUCGCAUGAAGUCUGCUGUCCUCAAUGCACUGAUGACGGUCAGCAUUGAAGGGCCAGACAUUGAGGCAGUAGACUUCGGGAAAAUGGUGGAUGCCUGGCACCAGGAGAAGCCUCGCAGAACAGUGUUUUGAACAUGUAAUAUGUGACUGUAUUGUUGUUGUUUUUCAAUCAUGUUUUGCUUGCUAAUGUCUACUGUUAUUCUGCUUUUUAUUUAAUAUUUAAAUACAUGACUUGAAUGAAAUAAAUUGAGGACAAAUAAAUAAAUAAAAAAAGAGAAAAUGUUGUGUUUUAGAAGCUCCCAAGUAGUGUAGAUUUUGA